CCAAAACCUAGAGUUUUUCGGAGACAAGAAUUCGAACUUUCUCACUUCAAAAGCUUCAAACCACACACCCCUCUCAUCCCUAUUAUCUCCAAUGGUGGAAUCUCGCUCCCCUAAGCGCCACAAAAUCACAAGGGGAGAAGAUGAUUAUAUGCCUGGAAAUAUUCUUGAGAUUGAGCUUUCUAAUUUCAUGACUUUUGAUUACUUAAAAUGUAAACCUGGUCCCCGAUUGAAUCUUGUAAUUGGACCUAAUGGUUCUGGAAAGAGUUCUCUUGUAUGUGCUAUUGCUCUUGGCCUCGGCGGAGAGCCCCAGCUGCUUGGGAGAGCUACAAAGAUUGGGGAAUAUGUAAAACGGGGAGAAGAUUCCGGCUUCAUUAAGGUUACCUUGAGAGGGGAUCAUAAAGAGGAGCGCAUUACCAUUACGCGGCAAAUAAAUGCUUACAACACGUCCGAAUGGUUGUUCAAUGGAAAUGUAGUUCCCAAAAAGGAUGUGGUUGAAACCAUUCAGAAGCUUAACAUCCAAGUCGAUAAUUUGACUCAAUUUUUACCGCAAGACAGGGUAUGUCAGUUUGCAAAGUUAACUCCUGUGCAACUUCUGGAAGAGACUGAAAAGGCUGUUGGUGAUCCACAGCUUCCAGAGCAACAUCGUGCACUAAUUGAUAAAAGUCGCGCAUUGAAGCAUAUUGAACUGUCUCUUGAGAAAAAUGAAGGAACUUUAAAACAAUUGAAGGAACGUAAUGCUGAAUUAGAGAAGGAUGUUGAACGCGUUCGUCAGAGAAAUGAGCUUCUUGCCAAGGCCGAGUCAAUGAAGAAGAAAUUGCCAUGGCUGAGGUAUGAUAUGAAGCAGGUGGAAUAUGGGGAAGCUAAGAUACGUGAGAAUGAUGCAGCAAAGGCAUUGGAGGAAGCUGAUAAGUUAUUAAGUGAUCUUAAAGAGCCCAUUAAGAAACAAAAAGAGGAGAAGGAUGCAUUAAAUGUAAAAUGUAAAACGGUAAGCAGCUGCUUAAUUGACAAUGGCAAUAAGCGAAUGGAGCUGAGGGAGAAAGAGAGCCAAUUGGAUGGGGAAUUACAAAGUAAGUACAAAGAAAUGGACAAUUUGAGGAAGCAGGACAAUUCUAGACAAGAAAUACUUGAAGAAGCUAGGGAGAAACUUGCUGCUGCUGAAAUUGAACUUGAGAAUCUACACCCUUUUGUACCUCCGAGGGAUGAGCUUCAAAAACUGAAUGAUGAACUUUGGAAGUUGGAGCAUUCAACUAGUCAUGUGAGGCAGAAUAAGUCACAAGCAGAACAUGAAAUAAAUCAGAAAAAGUUACUCUUGAUGAAGUGUAAAGAAAGAUUGAGGGGAAUGAAUAAUAAAAAUACCAGGUGUUUGCUUCAAUUGCAAAAAUGUGGGGUUGAAAAAAAUUUUGAAGCUUAUAAAUGGGUCCGAGAAAAUCGUUAUAAAUUCAACAAGGAUGUGUAUGGUCCAGUUUUACUUGAGGUGAAUGUCCCAAAUCAGAAACAUGCUCAAUAUCUGGAGGGUCAAGUUGCUCAUCACGUUUGGAAGUCUUUCAUAACACAAGAUUCUGGUGAUCGGGACCUUUUAGUGAAAAACCUGAAGUUCUUUGAUGUACCGAUUCUAAAUUAUACUGGCGGUGAUAACCACCAAAGAAGGCCUUUUGAAAUUUCUGAAGAUAUGCGUGCUCUUGGUAUCUAUUCUCGGUUGGACCAAAUUUUUGAUGCUCCAGUUGUUGUCAAGGAGACUAUGAUUAGCACCUCAAUGCUAGAUCUUUCAUAUAUUGGAUCUAAAGAAACUGAUCAGAAAUCUGAGGUGGUUCCAAGAUUGGGAAUUAUGGAUUUAUGGACACCAGAAAAUCACUACCGUUGGUUUGACUCAAGAUAUGUAAAUCAUGUCGGCGCAAUUGUUCAUCAUGUGGACCCCCCAAAACUUCUAUCUAAUACUUCGAACGUGGGAGGAAUUGAGAAUCUGAUUUCCGAUGAAAGGGAGCUUGAAGAACGAAUUGCUACCUUGGAGGAAAGCAUUAAAAGAUCUCUAGAAGAGGAAAGGAGAUUAAGGAAUCAAGUUGCUAGUCUCCAUAAACAGCGGGAAGGCAUUAACAUAACAACGCGGAAUGAGCAAGAAAAACGAAAAAAACUCCUUGGCCGGAUAGAACAAAGGAAAGCGAUACUGAAAUCGAUAGCGGAGCAGGAUGAUAUGGAUACUGAGAUAGCAAAGCUUGUUGAUCAGGCUGAAAAAUAUAACAUUCAGCGAUUUCACAAUGCAAUUAAAAUGAAGGAUCUUCUUAUUGAAGCUAUGGGUUACAGACAGAAUGUUGUUGAACUACGUAUGUCAUUAAUCGAAUUUGAUGCAAAGAUUGGAGAGAUGGAGGCCAAACUGAAGAAACCUGAGAAUUUUGCUCUGCAAGUAAAAUUGCAUUUUGAUGGCUGUAAGAAAGAGACUGAGAAUUGUAGACAACAGCUUACUGAUUCCUUGAAUUAUGCUAAAUCAAUUGCUCGGCUUACACCUGAGCUAGAGAAGGAAUUUCUUGAGAUGGCGACUACUAUAGAGGAAUUGGAAGCAGCUAUCCAAGAUACCACUGCUCAAGCCAAUUCAAUCCUUUUUGUCAAUCAUAACAUAUUGGAACAAUACGAGGAUCGACAAAGACAUAUAGAAGAUCUUGCAGUAAAACUUGAAGCAGACAAAAACGAAAGUAGAAGGUGUCUAGCUGAAUUAGAUAACAUUAAGGGAAAAUGGCUUCCAACACUGAGAAACCUUGUGGCCCAGAUAAAUGAAACCUUUAGAUGUAAUUUUCAAGAGAUGGCUGUUGCCGGAGAAGUUUCACUAGAAGAGCAUGAUAUGGACUUCGAUAAAUUCGGAAUACUUAUAAAAGUCAAGUUCAGAGAAAAUAGUCAGCUUCAAAUUCUCAGUGCCCAUCAUCAAUCUGGAGGGGAGCGAUCAGUUUCAACUAUUGUUUAUCUUGUUUCCCUUCAAGAUCUUACAAACUGCCCAUUUAGAGUUGUUGAUGAGAUCAACCAAGGGAUGGACCCUAUAAAUGAAAGGAAGAUGUUCCAGCAACUAGUGAGAGCAGCAAGCAAGGCAAACACACCACAGUGUUUCUUGCUUACCCCCAAGUUGCUACCAGAUCUGCAAUAUAGUGAGGCAUGCAGUAUAUUGAAUGUAAUGAAUGGCCCUUGGAUCGGUCAAGCAUCGAAGGUUUGGACCAUUGGUGAUAGCUGGAGUAUUAUAACGAGACAUGUCGAAGAGAACCUAUGUUGAAGUAAAACACCAGUUAGUUUUUCUCUUGUGUAUAUUUUUGUGAAGGAAGGAAAUAAGCUAUGCAUGUAAAAAAACAUGCUUUUGGUAGUUGGAAAUAGCCUUUUCAAUUUAUUUAUACUGUUAUCAUAAUUAAACUCAGGGUAGAAGAAUUGGUAGUCUUUGGAUAUAUCUUGAGCUUUUUGUUGGUUGCCUAUAGACACUAGUGCUCAUGUACGAAUUGUUGGUCUUUUAAACUUUUCUCAACACGGUUAUGUUGCCAUAUAUUCAUUAUACUCAGCAUUAGCUCACAUCUUAAA